GGCAGUUUAUACUGUUUCAUGGGCAAUCAUUGGGACUUCUGGAAACGCUAAUAAAGCAACCAAUAGAAGCCAGAGAUGUGACUGAGGUGGAGUGAGGGUCAGAAAGAGGAAGAGAGUAUUUGAAGAAAUAUUCAAAAAAGGCAAGAGAAGGACAGAGUGACAGAAAAAAGCAGGGGCAUGAGGACAUUAAAUAGGGUGCUGGAGAGACAUUUAGUUUCAUGCUUUGAUUUAUGAAUGAGAAAAAAGGCCUUAUAGAGUGACUAAAGGGAAGGUUUGUCUGUUGGUAGGAGAAGGAAGUCAGAAUAGAAGUUUUGUGGGGUAGGUUUGUUUAGAACAGAAAUCAAAGACAAACUUUUCUGAGAGGAAGAACAUCUGCAAAUGAAAUGCUGUUUCUGCAACUUCCAUUGCUCCUGGUUCUCCUCCCAGGUGGUGACAGUGAAGAGGGCUUCCAGGAGCCAAUCUCCUUCCAAAUCAUCUGGAUCUCAUCCUUUUACAACCGUUCCUGGGAAGAAGAGGUUUGUUCAGCUUGGUUGGGAGAGUUGCAGACUCACAGACGUGAAGGGAAAUCUGACAUAGUCAUUUACCGGCAGCCUUGGUCCAAGGGCAACUUCAGCAGGGAGGAUCUGAUGGAAUCGGAACAUAUACUUCGUAUGUUUUUCGUUAGAUUUGUUCAGGCGUUUUUCAAUCAUGCCAGUCAAUGGAAGCUUGAAUAUCCCUUUGAUGUACAGAUAGCAGGAGGCUGUGACCUGUACCAUGGUGAAACCUCAGUAGGCUUUGUGAGGAUUGCUUAUCAAGGAUCCGACUUUGCCAGCUUCCAGAAGAAUUCAUGGUUGCCCUCUCCAAAAGGGGGAACUAGAGCUCAGCUUGUCUGCAAACUGUUCAAUUUGUACCAAGGCACCCUGGAAAUAAUACACAAGUUGCUCAGUGACACUUGCCCACGUUUCGUCUUGGGUCUUCUUGAUGCAGGGAAGGCAGAUCUCCAGCGACAAGUAAGACCUGAGGCCUGGCUGUCCUCUGGCCCCAAUCCCAGUCCUGGCCAUCUGAUGCUGGUUUGUCACGUCUCUGGCUUCUACCCAAAACCUAUUUGGGUGAUGUGGAUGCGGGAUGAGCAGGAGCAGCCUGGCACUCAGCAAGGUGACAUCCUGCCCAAUGCGGAUGGGACGUGGUAUCUUCGAGUAACCCUGGAUGUGGCGGCUGGGGAGGCAUCUGGCUUGAGUUGCCGAGUGAAGCACAGCAGCCUAGGAGGCCAGGACAUCAUCCUUUACUGGGCACAGCUCCGUGGGCUGGAUCUUAUUGGCAGUGAUUGUGCCCCUGGUGCUCCUGACAGGUCUUGCAUUUUGGCAUAGGAAGCACUGGAAACACUGUGACCCUUCAAGUGCUCUUCACCGCUUGGAAUGAGAUCCCAGCCACCCAGGAGCUCAGGGAUGUAUCUAAACACAGCACAGUCACUCCAUCUUUUCAAUUCUCCUUGUACAGCUUUAGUUAUUGUUUAUUUUUGCUUAAUGAUCAAUAGUCAACAUAAGCUAAAUGUGAUUUUGCAGGAUUUGUUGUUCUAACCUGCAUUAUGGGACUUGAAAAUUCAAAAUUUAAACUGUCUAUGGCAUGAUGUCCUAGGGACCUUUAUGUCUUCAAAGUCAAGUAGAUUAUCAGGCUUAUAUCAGAUGUCACUUCCUCCAGAGGUCUUCCCUGAUUCACAAGUGGAAGAUGUCUCUGCCUUGACUGAUCUCCCACCACAUUGUAACAGGACUUUGCUAAAGCUACUUCUCACUUUAGACCCUUUCUUACUAUUGUUUAGACUCCCUUUCUCCUAAUUUUUCAACCUUCUGAAGAGCAAAUUCCAAGUGUUUUUACUAUUUGUAUCCUUGGCAAAAUAUCUUACUUGCAUGUAAUAUGCUCUCAGUAAAAUUCUGUGUUAAAUUUAUACAAGUUUUAUAGCCUUUUAAAAAUUAUUUUCCUGCCAUCUUUGUAGCAGUUGAGAUAUUUGCUGCUCGUCCGUUUGAAAGUCUUCUCACCUGGUCAAGAGAUUUGCACUUUCCUUGGGGAUUUCUCUGUGUAUGAGGCAAACGCAAUUUUGCCUCUGACCAUUCUUAUUAUUUAACUAUAGCAACCUAUUGGUGUGAAAAUAUUACUCUAAGUAUUCUAACAGAAAAAGGAGGGAAGAACGUAAGUCUAUGCAAUUCAGGGUGGUUCAAGAACAAGGAACAUAGUUAUCACCUUGGAGCUUAUGAGAAAUAUCGAAUCGUGGACCUCAUCUUAGACUUGCUGAAUCAUAAUCUGCAUUUUAGCAAAAUCAAUAGGGAGGGUCACAGGGGCUUUAACAUUUGAGAAGCCCUGAUAUUGAUGAUGCCUGAGAGAUAGUAGUGGGGAUGUGUCCCUGAGGAGGAAAAAAGAUGGUUGAGAAAAGAGAACCAGAGUGUCAAUCCUCAGAUCAAGGUAAGGAUCUGUAUAGAGAACACAGUCUCGAUAUUCUGGGUAUUGUGUUAGAAUCACUGGAAAUGCCGAUUUAGAGAAAACUGAGCCAUUGCUUCUGGGGAAACACUAGGUAGAUUCCAGUGAGCUUCUGGUCACAACAUUUUUGUCAGUUAAUGAAUACAUAGCCUUAUUUUAUAUGUGUUUAUAUUUAUUUCAAAAUAAGUUAUUUUCUUACUUUUUUCUUUUUUAGGGCCACAGCCAUGGCAUAUGGAAGUUCCCAGGCUAGGGGUCAAAUCUGAGCUGCAGCUGCCAGCCUGUGCCAUAGCCACAGCAACACUGGAUCCGAGCUGUGUCUGUGACCUACACUGAAGCUCAUGGCAACGUCAGAUCUUUAACCCACUGAGCAGAGCCAGGGAUUGAACCUGUAUCCUCAUAGAUAUCAGUCAGGUUCAUUACCACUGAGCCACAAUGGGAACAAAACAAGUUAUAUUCAUGUGCAAUAUUUCUUUAUAAUAAGACACAGCCGAGAAGUGUUUAACCUUUUCUUGACACUGGGUGAUGGGAUCAUAAAUGUCUUUGGCUUUCUACCACACAGCUGUGCUGUCCACUAUCCUUUUAAAGCAAACUGAAACCCCCCCAAAACCCAGCCAUUAUCUCAUGAAUCCACAAGUAUAGCUCCUUUCCUGUUUCUGGAGCAGCUCCACAUACAGAUCAGUGAAUUUCCUUGUCUUUUCCUGGAUCACUGCACUGUUGAUCACCAACAGUGAGCUCACAGCCACAACUGUAUAUCCCACACUUGAACAAACUCAUCUAUACAUAUUUGUUCUCUGUGAGGCCUAUCACAGCCUCCUUGCACAUAGCAACACUAGACAGCACUUCAGCCUUUUGCUUCAGGACCACUUUAAACACCAACAGCACUAAACACUUUGAACUGUUUGUUUAGUGCACUAUUUUCUGUGUUUCUGUGCCCCUGGUGUGCAAAAGCUUUUGAGUUUAAUUAGGUUACAUUUAUUUAAUUUUACUUUUGUUUCCUUUGCCUGAGGAAGAAGAUACAAAAAAACAUUGCUACAAUUUAUGUCAAAUUGUGUUCUACCUAUGCAUUCUUCUAGGAGUUUCAUAGUUUUUGUUCUCACACUUAAAUCGUUAAUACAUUUUGAGUUUAUUUUUGUAUAUGGUGUGAGAAAAUAUCUAAUUUUACUAUUUUUUUAACAAGUAAUUGUUAUUUUCCAGCACCACUUGUUGAAGAGACUUUUUUUUCCUAAUUGUGUAUUCUUGCCUCCUUUGCAGUAGAUUAAUGGAUUAUGGGUUUAUUCCUGGGUUUUCUUUUCUAUUCCAUUCUAUUCCAUUUACCUAUGCGUCCAUUUUUGUGCCAGUGCCACACUGUUUUGGUCACCAUAGCUUUGUAGUAUAGUCUGAAGUCAGGGAGGCUGACACUUCCAACUCUGUUUCUCUUUAUCAAGAUUGAUUUGGCUAUUUGAGAUUUUUCAUCUUCAUACAAAUUUUAAAAUUAUUUGUCCUAGUUUCAUGAAAAGUGCCAUUGGUAUUUUGAUAGAGACUGCAUUGUAUCUGUAGAUUAUCUUAGGUAGUAUGGUCAUUUUAACAGUGUUAUUUUUCCAGUCAAUGAACGUGGUAUAUUUUUCCAUCUGGUUCUGUUGUCUUUAGUUUGCUUCAUCAGAAACAACAUCACAUUUUACAUGAACAUAUAGAAAUAUAAGGAUAACACACUCAUACAUUAGAAUUUGCAGAAGAGAAGGGAAUGGAGAUAAAUUAAUUAAUCAAGUAGUUUACAAAGGAAGUCUGCUCAGACCAAAUGAUAUUCAUGAGUCAUAAGUGGAGGACAAUAAAUAGCAAUCUUCAUUGAAGAUUUCAAAAGCAAAAUAUGACUCAACAAGGCAAUAAUUGGAAAAUAUUCAAUGAUGCUGUAUAGAAUAGAGACUGAAUUGGGAUGAGUUUCAUAAUAGGUGAUAAUUUCUUAGGGAAACACAUAAGAUACAAUAUUGUGUAAAAUAGUUAUAUAUCUAGGAAGAGAAUCAAAAUAUUUGCAACCUCAAAACCCUCUGGCUGAAAAUCAAAGCUUUUGUAAUCUACAAAGGCUACUGAUCGGGAUAAAUCUCUAUAUUCUACCACGAGGUGGCACUAGAGAUUAAAAUAACAUUUCAGCAUCUUACUGAAAUUUUAGAAGUGUUAAGGUCUCCACAUCAUCAAGUUGCUUAAAUCUGCAAGAACUUGUUAGUCCUAAAAAUAAUUGAAAAUUGUCUACAAAAGUGUACAUAAUAUUAAAAAUAUAUCAACAAUAAUAUAAGAAUAGAAUUCAAGGGAAUACAUGGACAGUUAAAUAAGAUGAAACCAAGAAGUGGUAGAUUUAAAAAUAAAACGUCAUGACACCUUAUAGGUAGGCUAUUUAUGGGUCAUGAAUUAUUAGAGGACUACAAGGUGACUCCUACGGGGUCAAUUAUGCAUCCCCAAUGUGUAGAAGAAACAGACAAAUAAGUUGUUCAGGGAAAGUGUCACUAUUCCUGGUCCUGAGACCACAAGGAAAUUUCUCCCAUCAGUUCUCAUAGGAAAGAAACUAUUCAGUGCAGUGAACAAUGUUCUCAGAAUGUUCUUUCAGCAUAUUUUACAAGGUUCAUUGGCCUGUUUAUUUUAAGUGUCUCAAAAAAGGGAGAUCAUGUUAGCUGAAAAUUAAGGACAGGGAAAGUAACUCUACACAAUACGCAGUAUCUGGUCCAUAAGUGCAGCUCUCUGAAGUUCUGGCAAACUCAAUGGUAGACUUUCAUAAUCUUCAGGAAUGAGUAGACUCUAAGUCUUCCAUAAAUAUUUUUUAUUUUGUUUGUUUGUUUUUUAAAACUUUAUUUCCCGGCCUCGUCUAUUUGAUCAAUUCAUCACUUCUGAGCGCCAGCCCCCAUAGGCUCGGCUCCUGGACCUCGGCAUCGCCACCGCCCAUUGGGCCUCGCCGCACAGCGCCCCAAGACAAGGCUUCGCAGGAGAUAAGCUUUUCAUUUCGGGUCGGUCCCGCGGGGCUGGAGUCACAACCCCAUCAAAUAAGACCAAGGCGGCGGGGAGGGACCCGGGCGGGCACACGCCCUCGCCUUGUAUGCACUAUGCGCACUCACAUUCACGCGUCCAUUCACACAUUUGGCCCGCAUGUGCCUUCCACGCAACACCUCAUCACGACACACUCCAACCUCACCCCUGGCCGCUCUCCCUCCGGUAAAUAUUUUUUAUCUUGGAUGAAUUUGAAUUUUUUUUUUUAGUAGCAAAGACCUUUGGUUGUGUACUCUUACAUAGGCUUUAUGUAAGACGGUUUUCAUUAUCUGUUAGAUGAAGAGCAGCAACUUUAAUACUCACUGGAGCUGUAAGUGAAAUUUGCAAUUGGAAAUUUCUAGUAGCUUUUUGAGAUCUACUCAAAUGUUACUGUUUGAAAUGUCAGGUUUGCUCCCAGUACCUAUCUUUAGUGAGGACUAAGAUUCUUCUUGAGAUAUACUCUAAUUUAUUCUAAUACAGAAGCACUUGUUAGCCUCCCUACAAUUCCUUGCAUCCCCAUAUGCAGAACCAACUCCACUUUAGAGAGAAGGCCAGAUAUGACUUCAGAAAGGGAAUUAUUUAAAAGUGAGAAUGAGCUCUAAUGUGGUUAUAAAGUGUCCUGAGACAAACACCCAAGGUCUUUGAACAAUGUUAUUUCCAGGGGACCUAUUCAAUUUAUCAACUAUACAUUUGUGUACUUAGAUGAAUUGCCAAGUGGAGUUAUAUGACAGAGACUACUGGGUGUCUCCCAGAAUCUACUUUGCACUUUCUCUAGAAGAAACCAACUCCUUAAUAAUUAGCUGGGAAGAAUAAAAGCUACAUCUCUUAGGGACUCUUCUAGUUGGUUGUGGUUAUGUGACUGCAGUCUGAUGAAUGCUGCGCACAGCUUCUGCAAAGUGGAUCUAAGCAGCGGGGGUGAGAGUGCUCAGCUUCUUCCUUUCUCCUUAUCGUUGAUUAAACGAUGCAUUUGAUGGAAAAAAUCUCUGGCAACCAUCACAGAGAACAGGAUGACCUUUGGAAAAAGGACAGAGCAUGGUUAAGACCAAACGAAAACAAAGCAAAACAAAAAUACAAAAAUACAAAAAAAAAAAAAAAUCCCCAAAGAAAAGAGGAAAUCAGAACCAAGUCCCUGACGUGAUGAAAUGCAAUAAUAACCCUGAAUUGGAGUUCCCGUCGUGGCUCAGUGGUUAAGGAAUCCAGCUAGGAACCAUGAGGUUGCAGGUUUGAUCCCUGGCCUUGCUCAGUGGGUUGAGGAUCCGGUGUUGCUGUGAGCUGUGGUGUAGGUCGCAGAGGGGGCUCGGAUCCUAUGUUGCUGUGUCUCUGGCAUAGGCUGGCGGCUACAGCUCCGAUUAGACCCCUAGCCUGGGAAACUCCAUAUGCCAUGGGAGCGGCCCUAGAAAAGGCAGAGACAAAAAUAAUAAAAGUAAUAAUAAUAGUAAUAAUAAUAAUAAUAAUAACCCUGAAUUGCCUACUUCUAGUCUUUACACAUGAGAGAGAAACAUAACUAUAUCUUUUUAAAGAUAUUGUUCGUGUGAAUUUUCUGUCACUUGAAGUCAAACUCCGUUUUAACUUACCUAGGAUAUUAGCUUAAUCUCAAUUUAAGGUUGAUAUGUAAUGUUUAAGGUUGGUUUAUGUAACGUUUACCUGUAGCUCUUACUUUUUUAAUUGUUUUGACCUAUAUGGAUUAUUGAUUUUUUGCUAAGGCUCAGUUAAAAUUUUGACAAUAACACCCAUGUUAUCUGUAUUUAAGUUCUUUUUAUCUGUAAAUUUUAUAAGGCAAGGGAGAAAAUGCAGCUGGCCACUCCAAAAUUGAUAGGAAAAGAAACAUGUUAGAAAUCAGAGUGAACUGGGAAAAUGGUAGCGUAAAAUAUUUCAUAAUUCACCUUACUGUGAUAAAUUCAAAGUAGAAAAAGGAAGUUUUUUACAUUGACUCUAGAAAAGAUCUAUAACUUAAAACAAAAACCAAGGAAGAUCUAUAAAUUAUAAACAAGGUUAGAAUAAUUUUUUAGCAUACAUUUUCACUUAUUUUGAAUAAGAUAGAAGGUUAAUGUCUAUAGUUUAGGAGAAUAAGUUCAAUUCAGGAGAGAACUAACAAAAGCUUCUGGAGCCCUUUGUUAUAACUAUGGAGGGAAAAAUAUUGUAGAAAUGGAGAAUAAAAUAAUGUGUGAGAAGGCUUUGAGUUUAGAAAUUAGAGUAUGACCACAUGAGUCUUUGACCAUUUUUUUGUAGUUGCCCAUAUGAUUCAAUAUGGCAGGUUUUUUUUUUUUUUCUUCUAAUUUUUCUUCCCUUUGUUUUUUAAGUUACCAUUUUUGUGGAUGUGUGGUUGAUUUACAAUAUGAUAUAAUUUCAGAUGUGUAACAUAGUAAUUCAGUGUUUUUACAGAUUGUACUGCAUUUAAAGUUAUUAUUAAAAAAUGGCCACAUUUCUCCGA